AUGCUGGAAGCGAAAGCAAAAGGUCUGUUCAGACUGCGCUCGAAAGAGGCGUUGCCGCCGAUCGGCAUGCGCCUACUCCUGUCGUAUCCACUCAGAUUUCGGACUUUAACAGAGAACAGUGCGAUAGGAAAUGGCCUGAAUGCACGGCAGUCCCAUGCACAUGUCGAGCAGUUGGAUGGAGACCAAACUUCUCAGUACGAGAGGGACUUUGCUGAGCAAAAUGCCACCGACCACACCGUUCAGGACGCAAUGGGCGAAAUCGGGUUCUUGUCCUGUAUUGCCAUGGCCGAGCCUCGGGAUGGGAGUCGUGGCCUCUCCCAAGAACUUUCGAUCGGACGUAUGCUACGUUCGACGCUCUCCCUCAGCGGGGCCAAUCCAACGCAAUCAGCCAUUGACCCCUAUAUUCAGAGUACAGUCGCGAUGGUCGACCCAUCGAUGACGUUGAAUAGACAGCUAUGUCUUCCAUUCAUUACACGCUUUGUGGAGACAGUAGGAGUGCAGUUCCUUCACAUCAACCCGAAAGCCUUACUGGAUGACUUCGAGGCUUUCUUCAACAUAUCAGAUGACUCCGCCAACAAUACUCAAAGCUUCUUGCCUGUCAAAAGAUUCAAUCUCUACCUAUCUAUGGCUACUGGCGCGCUACUUUCUCCCGGGUCGGGCAGCCUUCAAGGACUAGCCAGUAAUUAUCACGCCGCUGCCAUGAAGCUUUUCCCUAGAAUUAUUGACAGUGGUGCAAGAGUUGACAUUCUUCAUUGCAUGCUGUCACUGAUAUUGUACUCAAUGCACGGUGACAUUGGUGGUUCUACGUGGCACUUGAUCGGGCUCGCAAUGAAGAAGGCAAUCGCUGGCAGAUUUCACAAAGAGGUCGAAACGGAUUCUCGAAUGUCCCCGGAGUUGUUGAAAGCUAGGCGUAAUAUCUUCUGGAGUCUUUAUACCCUUGAUCGAACCAUCAGCACAAUAACAGAUCGACCGUUCAGCAUUGAAGAUGACGACAUAGCAGUAUUGGGACCCGAGGGAUAUCAGAAAACCGUAUCCUCUGGAAAUGAUGACCUGGCUUGUCAUCUUGUUUCCCAUGCUAGAUUCAUGUCAAGCAUUCGGGAUGCCGCUUCGAACAGUAUCCUCUACCAUUACGGUAACUUUUGUUAUUGGAAGGACUUUGCAAUUGGCCACGAUUCGGCCACCAAAUUUACGGCGGUCUGUGUUAAGCGUCUCUCAUGCCGAGCGAUGAUCGAGAUUCUGAAGGUAAAGGGCUCGGUUAACACUGAAUCCAAUCUAGUCCGCGGUUCUGGCAGCAUUGAGAAUGAUUUUAUCAAAGCAUCGGUGGAUUAUGUCGAGGAAGAAUACCAACGCUUCGAUCGUGGUGAAUUUACGGGAAGCUUUGUGGAUGCAUAUGACAUCUUCGGAGCAGGCGUGAUCAUUGUUUGUUUGUCUGCAGGAAAGUCAUUACCUGCACGAAACGCCAAUAUCGUUAGUAAGUGCACUGCUUUACUUACACUUCUGGGUGAGAGGUUUUCUGGGCUGCGGGUCUUCCGCCGUGUGCUCUGGGCCCUCUCGGGUUUGGUCGUGGGCGAGUCGGUGAAUGACCCGAUCAUCCGUGAGCUUCCCCCAGUCAUACCUGACGGAAUUCGAGACUUGAUUUCCGCUGUCAUUUGA